AGGUGUUUAAAAAUGCGAAAACAUUCCAUGCUCAUAUGAGGAUGAAGCACCCGACGACUCGUAGAGCGCACGCGUGCAACCAAUGCACCGAGUCAUUCGACUCCGAGCACGACCUCGCUGUACAUACUUCCCUACAUAACAAGGGGGGCAACUGGAAGUGCAACAAGUGCCCUAAAGAAUUUAAGGCACGAUCAGUGUUCAGACGCCACAUAUUACGGCAUAUGGAGUCGAAGCGCUACACGUGCCCCGUGUGUGACAAAGCAUUCAGCGAGCUCUAUGCACUGAAGCGACACGCCAGGGUGCACACUGGAGAACUGAUUGAGAAGAAACACGCCUGCACCAUGUGCGAUAAGAGGUACAGUGAGAGCGGCCUGCUGGCAGCGCACAUGUCGCGCCACGUGGGGCUGCGGCCGUGGGAGUGCGACGCGUGCGGGAAGACGUUCCCGUCCAACCGACUGCUCGCCUCGCACCGGCUCAUACACUCCGACCGCAAGCCGUACGCCUGCCAGUAUUGUGAUAAACGUUUCCGACACGAGUCGACCCGGAACACUCACCACCGCACCCACACAGGCGAGAAACCAUACGUGUGCUCAGUUUGCGGGAAGAGUUUUAUACAAAACUCCAACUUGACGCUGCAUAUGAGGACACAUACUGGUGAGCGACCAUACUCGUGUUCGAUUUGUGAUCGAAAGUUCACAUCGGGCUCCUCACUCAAAAGCCAUGAACGGAUACAUACGGGGGAAAAACCAUACAGCUGUAAUGUGUGUGGCAAACGGUUCACGCGCAAGAACCUGAGCGCGCACAUGAGGAAACACACGGGCGAGCGCCCGCACCAGUGCAGCUUCUGUUCUAAGAAGUUUAUUAACUCGGCCCGGCUCAGGGACCAUCACCGUGUUCACACUGGAGAAAAACCGUUCGACUGUUCCAUGUGCUCACUAAAAUUCGCAACGAAAUCUCAACAAAUGAAACACUUUAAAACCCACCAAACGAAAAAGAAGAGAGGAGAAAAUCGUGGACUUGUUAUUUUACAAAACAUUCAGCCCGUCAUCGUUACUGACGAUGGAGUAUUCAACAAGAACAAUAGUAAACUGGCAACAGUUAAUGAAAAUACUGAGGCCGAUAAAUCACAAGGUGAAUUGGACGGAUUGACUGUCAAUAUCAUACAGAAAGUACCACUGGAAUUGACUGAAGAGUUGGUGCUGGAAGAUAACAGCAUAAUGAAAGGUGACCUUCUAGUCAUUGAUAAUUCUCAAAACAAUACGAAAUAUGAAACUGAUAAUAUGUGCGUUAACACUAGCAACGUUAAUGUCAUCGAUGACAGACCCUACACCUCUGAUAUGGAUUUAGUGACUGUAAACGAAGGUGGAAUGAGUAUUUCUACUACCAGCCUAGAGGGAGCCACUGUGAAAUUAUACCAAUUAGACCAAAGAUUAAUGCAAAUACAUAGCGCCGGCGCACAAAUCACUAUUAGUAAAAUAACCAGCAAAAUGACAACUAACUUAUUGUAA